CCGCCGGGAGGCGGGGCCACCCCCAGAGUUAAGUGGGGCGGAGGUCCCGGCGCCCAGUCUCCCAACGCCCGCAGCCACCAUGGACGCCGAGUGCGCUGCCUCCCGCCUGAGAGUCGUGCUGGGCCACCUCCGCCGCCCUUCGGCCGCGACCGUCGUAGCUCACUUAACUUCAGAGGCUAUUUCUCCUGCCAGUUUUCAUCCUGAACAAUUCCAGUAUACUCAGGAUAAUAAUGUUCUAAGCCUAGAACAGAGAAGAUUUUAUGAAGAAAAUGGGUUUCUUGUCAUUAGAAAUUUGGUAUCUGAGGCUAAUAUUGAACGCUUUCGGAAUGAGUUUGAAAGGAUCUGCAGAAAGGAGGUGAAACCACCUGGAAUACAGUUAAUGAGAGAUGUGACCAUUGCAAAAUCAGAACAUAAUCCAAGUGAAAAAGUGAUUACCAAGGUCCAAGAUUUUCAAGAAGAUGAAGAACUCUUCAGAUACUGCACUCUCCCUGAGAUUCUGAAAUAUGUGCAGUGCUUCACUGGACCCAAUAUCAUGGCCAUGCACACAAUGCUGAUAAACAAACCUCCAGAUACUGGCAAGAAGACGUCCCGCCACCCCCUGCAUCAGGAUCUGCACUACUUCCCCUUCAGGCCCAGCAACAACAUCGUUUGCGCUUGGACGGCCAUGGAACACAUCGAUCGCAACAACGGCUGUCUGGUCGUGCUCCCCGGCACACACAAAGGGACGCUGAAGCCACACGACUAUCCCCAGUGGGAGGGAGGAGUUAACAUCAUGUUCCACGGAAUCCAGGACUAUGACAGAAACAACGCCCGAGUGCACCUCGUGAUGGAGAAGGGGGACACCGUUUUCUUUCAUCCUUUGCUCAUCCAUGGAUCUGGUCAGAACAGAACUCAAGGAUUCCGUAAGGCAAUUUCCUGCCAUUUUGCCGGUGCCAACUGCCAGUACAUCGAUGUGAAGGGCACCAGUCAAGAAAACAUUGAGAAGGAAAUUUUGUCAUUAGCAGAUAGAUUGUAUGGAAUUAAAGGCGAUGUCUCCAUGAAGGAUAUUUGGCAAUUUCGAGGACGACUUGUGAAAGGACAAAGAAUCAACCUGUGAGACAGCCUUUUGCUAAACUCUUCUAAAGAAAACCAAAAUGAAACACGAUGUCUAAGGAAAAUAUUUUCCUAAUGAUAUGAUGUAAUCUUUUCCAUUGCUUGUUAACAAAAAUCAAAAUGCGUGUUAUCAGAUACUUAAUUGCAUGUGGGUAAUUUUGCAAUGCAGCCCUGUUGCUUUAAUGAGUGUAAAAAUAGUAAGAGUGAACUAUUACAGUUUUAAGGAAAAUUGACUCAGGGUUACAACUAAAUAAAGAGGACUGUUGUAUAAUUGAA